AUGUUUCCCCAAAUAUCUUACGAUUCGGGAAUAGCUCCAAAUAUCAGUAUGGACUCAUCCAUCGCCAGUCGAGUCAAGCCCGUCACAAGAGAGGACUCGAUUAAGAAUGUAUUCUUCUUCAUUCACCGACAGUUCACCCGCCGACUGAGAAACAUUCGCACCAAAGAAAAGAGCGUGGCGGAAUUUGUGUGCGAAUAUUCUUCGGGUGGUGUCAGUGCUCAGUGGUUUCACCAGCAGUCACCGGUAGAAGAGGGGACUGGGAAGUAUGAAGUCACUAACAGCCAUCGAGUUUCGAGACUUGAAAUCAAAGAUUUGUGUCUGGGAGAUUCUGGUGAAGUGGAGUGCAUUAUCAAUGGACGGUCGACCUCCGCUCGUUUGACUGUCGAAAGUUGUCCUCGCAUUAACCUUCCAGAACUUGUCGACAUUUUCCGGACUAAACUGAAGAGUCAAAAUGUACGUGAAGGCGCACCCGCACACUUUUGGGUAGAACUGGACGUGGAUGGAGUGGAGGUAGAGUGGAGAGCGGAUGAUCAAGUUAUUGAAUUGACCUCUCAAGGCGUGGUGUUAGCAACCGAGCGAUAUCACCGGACUGUGUUAUACGACGUGGAAAGUCUGCACAAAAUAGAACCAAUUGGCAAACACUCAGGCGCCACAUUCAGUGGAAUCAGUCCCGACUUUCGUGUGAUUAUCAAAUUCAUUCGCAAACAAUGUGCCAACUACAUGUACAAAUACGACUCAGAAAUGGGAGUGGAGACUCUGGCACAAGGAGUGUCCCACAUCAUGCAGGAGUACACUCAGUCAGGGAGUCUGUGUGCACACGCAAGGGGAGUCCGUCCAUUUGGCAUGUCCCUCCUGGUGGCUGGGUGGAGUGAGGGGAAGGGCCAUCUCUACCAGUGUGACCCCUCUGGCAUCCACUUCCCAUGGAAGGCGUGUGCCAUUGGGAAGAACCAUCUGUCUAAUAGACUGUUCCUGGAGAAGAGAUAUGACUCGACUAUGAUGUUGGAUGACGCAGUCCACACGGCUAUUCUCACAUUGCAGGACAACUUUGACGGGGCUAUGACCGAGCAUGACAUUGACAUUGCUUUGGCUACUCCCUCAGGGUUCCGGCAACUGUCUGCGGCUGAGGUGAAGGACUAUUUGUCCAUUCUUAAAUAACUAACUAGUGAACCAUUCUUUUUUAGAAUAAAGUGGUUAA